CCUAAAAGCAGAUACUCCUGGUUUGUGGAGAGAUUGUAUAAAAGCCGCUCUCCGCAGCGUCCGGGCAGAUCUAUCUGACACCAAGCGCAGAAAAGAAGCAGCAGAAAACUCAAAGCGAGAAACAAGAGAGAGAAAAUGUACGCACGAUCAAACAGCAUGACGCUGACCGUUGCUGAGGAGAGGUUCGCCUUCCCCACGCCGGUGAUGGCCCGCAGCACCCAGCCUGAGGUCUUCACCUUCGAGCGGAUCCCGACUCCGACCACCGCCGUGCGCUCCUACGUGCCCAUCCGGCCCAAGAGGCGCUGCACCCGGGUCAUGUACCCCGCCAAGGUCCGCAUGCACCUUCCGGCACCCGAGAGGAGCCAGGCCAAGCGCUGGCUGGUCAUCCUGUGCCUGGUGGUCCUUUGGCAGAUCUACACCGAGGAGCCUUGCGCAGAGGCGCCGCCGAGCGCAGACUGCUCCAUCAGCGAGUACCAGGGCUUCAGCAUCCAGUCCGCAGAGAAGCAGGCCCGGCAGAUGUCGGAGCUGAGCACCGUGCCGACACGCAGUGAGGAGACGGGCUCACCCAGCGCCGCCUGCCUCACAGCCGCCCAGCAAAGCGAAUCCACCAGCUUCGAGCAAAGCGCCGGGAAGAGCAUGGUGGCGCUGCUGGUCUACCACAGACUGGGCAACGACAGCUAAGCGUCCAAGAACUGACUCCACUGUAACCCGCCCGGAUCUGGGCUCAUGGGACUAAAAACAAAAAAACGAGCCACGCUGGAGGUGAACCUGGGAAUCUCCGGAGAGAGGCGGCGCGCCCUGCGCGGCGUAGCCGGGGAGGAGGCUCCAUGCGCCGGUUUCACCCAGCCAGGUGACUCCCGUCACUGCACGGGAGGAUGAACUGUCUGGAGCAGAGAGAACCUGGGAGAACAACAGAACUGUGAACACUAAGAAAAAGAAACUUGAACUCCAGAAAACUUGAACUGAACCAGUGUAUUCUGCACAAAGACGCUGAUUCUGCACUGAGCCUGCGGGCCAACGCUGUUCCACAAGAUCAACCUUUCUAUCUGAAAUACUGUCUCCUAUGUAGGCUGACAUGCCUGAACCUGACACUCUAUGUUUUUACUGUCAAACAUUUGUAUAGAUGCUUUAUUUAGUUAUUUAUUCUAUUUGCUAUUUAUUAUUUUUGUAAUAAAAAAAAACUUUAAAUGAA